AUGAAUUGUAAUGUUACUUUAGUGCAACAGGUCAGACAGAUGUCUGGGAAACGGAUUGCUUAUCCUUUUUAUCCGGCCAAGAGAUUGACUAGACAACAUCCUAAAGUUCAUGAUACUAAUUUGAAGUAUGCUAUGCGUCAAUUUUUGGGACCAAGAAACUACAAAGGUGAAUAUGUCUUGAACAAAUAUUUUAGGGUUCCAAAUGACCACACACCUAACUAUAUCAAACCUGAUUUGGAGAAAGGUCAAACCUUGAAGAAUCCUGCCACUGGUCAACUAUUGGUCGAGAGACACGAUGGAUCUUAUGAACCGGCACGUUCGAAUAAGAGGUUGGAAAACAUUCCUCCAAAGAGACUAUUACAGCCAUUCCCAGAAAACCCACACUGUGUUACAAAUUAUAUUAUCAGCGAUGAGUUGAAACAGAAGAUAUAUAAGGAGAUCACUAAUCAAGGGUCAUCGACACAACAGGUUGCUCAAAAAUACGGUUUGAAGAUUCCACGUAUCGAGGCUAUUGUUAAACUAAAUGAAAUUGAACGUAGUUGGGAAUCUGAGAAUAAGAUUAAUAAAGAUUUACGUAAUAUGUCUACCACACUAUACAACAUGUUCCCAUUAUUUGAACCUUCAAUUGAUGCCAAAAGAGAAAAUUUGAGUGAAAUUCCAGUUCCACCAAGUGCGUUGAAAUCAAGAUUCUUAACCAUCGCAGAGUCUCAACCAUUCGGACCGAUCGAUGCUGCCAAAGUUUUGGAAUUAGAACCUGCCUCUGACACUUUGGAAAAGCUAUCCACCAUCGGUGAACAUUCGAGUGGUCAUCAAACAAUUCGUAAGAUCAACAAGAAGGUCAUCUACGGUGAAAUGCUUCAAGGUGAGAAAUCGUUGUUUAAAUUCACUGAAGCUAGAGUUGGUAAAGUCGGUUUCCGUUAUGGUCGUGUCAACCGUGACAACAAGAAGGACCGUAAGAUUGGAUUCAAUGAAGCAGGUAAGAUGGUCUACAUUUAA